AUUUCUGUUUAUUUUUCAGUUGCCAGCGUUGCCGUAGAGCAUUUCAGCCCAUUGGAUCAUCCUGUAUCUCCCUCUUCUGAUCGGAAGACCCGUGUAGGCAUUCUGCAAUGGAAGACAGACUCCACUCUCUUAGCAAGGGAGUGUUUGUGAUACCUUUCGAACCUGCUGCCCUUAACGAGGAGGAUCGGGAGGACACUCACUCAUCCACGCGGGAUACGCUGGAUCGACUUUAUGAAACAACUCUUCAGAUCUAUGAGGAUGCAGGGGCCGAAUAUGAACAAGAAAAAACGAAUGAGCAGUUGGACGAUAUUGCAGAUUGGCUGGAGCGGUAUAAAGCUACAGCUUUUUUGCAACUCCCUCAAAGAACCAACAGGCUUCCUGUCGCUAUUCUUCAGAAUGCGUCUUCCUCACUACCCGAUCGUAUAACUUCUCUGGAUGCGACGUCUUACACACUGCUUGGAAGAGAUGCACCGGAUGUGGCCGCAGCCCUGCGAUCAAUUGCAAUUGGCUUCACUGGAGAUACUUUGGGGUCAGGUAGAAAGUCAAGUCAAGCAAGCAUAGAUGAGGUCGAGAACUGGUGGCAGGCGAAUGGAAAGGGAUUGCCUCUCAUGUUAUAUAUUCAAGACGCACAAACAAUACCGGCAUCUGUGCUGUCAGAAAUUACUUAUAUACUUGCUCUUCACGCUGGGCUUCCAAUAAGGCUCCUACUGUCCGUCCCGUCAGCUGCAGUCUUCUUAUCAUCGUGGGGUCACAUUGAGCCAAGCUCCGUUGAUGUGUCCAUCUUAAGAUCAGGCCGCUCCCGAAGAGGAGCGGGAGGGAUCGACGCUAUAAUACGGAGUUCCUCUGAAGCCCCAUUCAAAAUCAGCGACGACUUGGCCGAAGAGCUAAGAUCUAAUGAGACACUCCUUGGUGGAGGGAUAGCGGCUGCGAUGAAAACGCUGAAGUGGUUGCUGCUACAUCAUUCUCUCAGCUCUCCCCUGGCGUUACUGGUCGAGAAAACGAAAAAUUCUGAGCAAGAACGAGUAAUGCAAUCGUUGUUGAACGCCGUGAAAUCAAGUCCGGUAAAUCCCUCGAUACCCCGGAGAGAUUUGUUUGAAUUGAACCCUCAUCCUGACAUGUUUUCUGUUCUCAACCCUGCCCCACGCACAUCCAUCCUCCACUCCCUCUCAGAUCCCCAGGAUAUUCUACCUUUCUUCGCUGCGUCGGCACCUGAGAAACCGUCUCCAAACCACCAUAAGUCCGCCAAACGGAAAGCGGUAUCCGCUAGUAUGGAUAACGAAAAAAGAAGAAAGACGGGAGAGCUUGAAAAGCUGAAGAUAAACGAGGAAGACCAGGUUCUAGAACUAAAGAGACUUCAAACGUUGUUUGAGCUCUGGAAAAGUGCAGGGAAGACAGUUAACUUGUGGGACUGGCUAGACAGCUUUCAAGGGGAGGACGAGAGGGGGAGUGAAGAGAACAAAGAAGCAAAUAGUGCCCAAGUCGGAUCUGAACAGACGGACAAGGAUGAAAACAUAGAUAAGGAGUCGCGUAAUGAAGCACCCAAAAGAGCUGCGCAGGAAGAGAAUAGAUUGCAUGCGACUUUUAUCAGGUUCGUGGAAGAAGCGAGGAUGCUUGGUCUUAUCAGAGCCCGAGGAAAGGGAAGAAAGGCAGACGAAGUUAUCAAGAGUGUUGGCUUGGUGUAAAGGACGUUUUUGUACUUGUUUGUACAGUCGUAGUACGUAUACAGUAGAUGCAUUUAUUAUUAGCCCGU